ACUGGACUUGGAACAGUUUGUGUUCAGUCACAAUGUGAGCUACAUCAUAUUGAGAGAAACACGAUCAGUGUUAUUAUUACAAUAUCCCUGGGAAUAAUUCAAUGUGGAUUUUGAUAAAUUCUUUCCAAUCAAUCCAGAUUAAUCACCAAAGUCUCUAAGGGAAAAUAUUUGAGUGAGAAGUGGAUGAAGAAUUUCUGUUGAGCCUCAAAAAUGGGCUUUGCAGAGGAUCAAGAAAAUCCAGAGACUGGCGUCGUAGCUGACGAGGAUAAGGAAGGCGUCGUCCUGGCGAUGGCGCCGAUUGGACAAGUCGUCAAGUCCAGGACGCCCAGGAGCGAACUCACGCAGAACGACGAACGCGAAACAUGGUCAGGAAAGGUGGAUUUCCUCCUGUCCGUGAUCGGAUUUGCAGUGGAUUUAGCCAAUGUUUGGCGGUUCCCGUACUUGGUCUUCAAGAACGGAGGAGGGGCAUUUCUGGUUCCCUACUGCAUUAUGCUGAUUGUGGGUGGAAUUCCUCUCUUCUACAUGGAAUUGGCUCUUGGGCAGUUCAACAGAAAAGGCGCCAUCACGUGCUGGGGACGUCUAGUGCCACUUUUUAAAGGAAUUGGUUAUGCGGUGGUUCUAAUCGCUUUCUACGUGGAUUUCUACUAUAACGUGAUAAUUGCGUGGUCGCUGAGAUUCUUCUUUGCCUCAUUCACUGACGUCCUGCCAUGGACAUCAUGCAACAAUCCCUGGAACACUGACAACUGUAGACAAUUUGAUAAUAGUUCAUAUAUCAAUUACACCCUCAUCAACGAGACCACACCAAUGCCAACAACUAAAUUCGCCUCAGCUGCCUCAGAGUAUUUCAAUCGCUACAUCCUGGAGAUCCAUCAGAGUGAUGGUAUCCAUGAUUUGGGUAUCAUCAAGUGGGAGAUGGCCCUCUGCCUCUUGGCUGUAUACCUCAUCUGCUACUUCUCCCUGUGGAAAGGUAUCAGCACGUCAGGAAAGGUCGUCUGGUUUACGGCUCUUUUCCCCUACGUUGUCCUCCUAAUCCUCUUUAUCCGCGGUAUCACACUUCCUGGCUCUGCAGAUGGAGUCCGUUACUACCUAAGUCCCAAUUUUGACGCUAUCUACAACGCUGAAGUGUGGGUAGACGCUGCCACACAGGUGUUCUUCUCCCUAGGUCCAGGAUUUGGAGUUCUACUAGCUUACGCUUCCUACAAUAAAUACCACAACAACGUUUACAAAGAUGCCCUAUUGACCAGCUUCAUAAAUUCCGCCACGAGCUUCGUGGCAGGUUUCGUUAUCUUUUCGGUUCUGGGAUAUAUGGCGCAUACUUCCAAUCAGGAUAUUAGGGACGUAGCUACGGAGGGUCCGGGCUUGGUUUUUAUCGUGUACCCAGCCGCUAUUGCCACAAUGCCUGGAAGUAUAUUCUGGGCGCUAAUUUUCUUCAUGAUGCUUCUAACACUGGGCCUUGAUAGUUCCUUCGGGGGCUCUGAAGCCAUCAUCACAGCUUUAAGUGAUGAAUUCCCCAAGAUUGGACGCAACCGCGAGAUAUUCGUGGCUAGUCUGUUCUCGCUGUACUUCGUUGUGGGCCUAGCCAGCUGCACGCAAGGUGGAUUCUAUUUCUUCCAUCUCCUGGAUCGAUACGCAGCAGGAUACUCCAUUCUUAUCGCAGUGUUCUUUGAAGCCAUUGCUGUAUCCUGGAUUUAUGGUGUUCAGCGCUUCUGCGAUGACAUUGAGGACAUGAUUGGUUUCCCUCCAGGACUCUAUUGGAGAGUCUGCUGGAAAUUCGUGGCACCAAUCUUCUUACUCUUUAUCAUUCUCUACGGGCUGAUUAUGUAUGAACCCCUGAGUUACGAAGACUACGUGUAUCCUGGUUGGGCUAAUACACUCGGAUGGUGCAUUGCUGGAUCGUCGAUGGCCAUGAUUCCAAUCAUCGGCACCUACAAGUUCUUCUCGACGUCCGGAUCUUGUAGGCAGCGCUUUAGGAAACUCACAACACCCUGGAGGGAUACUCAAGUGGCCAAUGCAAAUGGGAUUGAGUCAGUUCAUGUGCAAGCUCGCUUGGCUGACGUUAAAGAUGCUGAGGAUGUCUGAGUUGCGCCAUGGACAAGAUUUAAAAUUUACUAUGUUUAGUAAAUAUUAAGUUGUUACAUUAGGAAGACAAUUUCUGUGACGAAAUUGCAAUUUAGAGUCUAUUCCUUUUAUAAAAACAAACUUACCUUAUUGAUUUCUUCUCUUCCAAAACUUACAAAUCCCAAUGAGAUUUUUACCAGUAAGUGAAAAAAAAACCUAAUUUUAAGUGAAGAAUAAAAACCACAUGAAAGGAUUUCUUUUGUAAUGAAGAUUUAAAAAAAAGAGUUAUAGCAAGUUUGAAUAAAAUAUGCGGAAAUGCUGUGUAGAUAAUAGAAAUGUUUCAUACAUGAUCGAAAAUAAGUUUGUUAUAGUGUGUUAGAAAUUGUAAUAAUUAAUCCUAGUUCUUAAGGAAUGAAACCAUGUAAUUUAGCAAAGCAGACAAUGUGUAAAUUGAGCUUUAAAAAGACAUUGAAAGAAAUACCAGUGCGGUUUUAACAUUAUCCGAAAAGUUCGUUCAAAAAAAAACUUUGAAAAAAAUGUCCAAUCGAGAAAGAAAAUAAUUAAAUUUUAAAUGAUAAAUCCUUUCGUAUGAGCUUGUGUAAGUACCUUUAGUAGAUUGAUGAGAUUGAUCCCUUUGAGAUUUUUGUGGAUUUGUUUUCAUUUGGAAAUAUUUUAUACAGCCAUUGAAAUAUUUUCAAAAAGAAUAAAAUGCGGAGGAAAGUGUUCAAAGAUUGAAUAAUUGCAUUGAGACAGCCAUUCAGUGCAAUUAUUGUUUUACGAAUGAAAGGAAAGAUGACUUUUUGGAGGGAAAAUCUUAUAAAUCAAUCCAUGUAGAAUUUUGUACAAGAACCAGCUCUUUUAAAGGACUUUUAGCUCAGACAGCCACUGAGAUAAAACUCCUUGCUACCACCAGAAAUUCUCUUUUGAAUUUUCUAUUUUAUUUGGCGAUUUUCUUAAUAAAUUCUCUUGAUUUCAACCACAAA